UUUGCUAGCCCGUGACCUUCCUGAGACGCUGAGUGUGUUCGUGGGGGUCGACCUCUUCGAGAUUAGGGUUGCCGUCUUCCUCGAGAUCUUUCAAUCGAGGGCUCUUCCUCUUUCCCUAUUGUUAUUACUCGAUCAUUAUGAACCGAUCUCUGCUGUUGUCGCGAUUCCUCUUCCUGUAACGUAUUCUUUCCCUUCCUAUAUAUCAAGAUCGUCUGCGGUGAGGUGCUUCCGUCGCUAACGCCGCCGUCCCUAACGUCGCCGGCGCCUACUCUACGUUCAACACUCUCCGCCUUGGUAGAUCAGCUCAGACCAUUGCUACUCGCCUCAUCCGGUUCUGGGAUUCUCGAAACAUCCACAAGAAUGGGGAGUUUAUGGGAAUAACUAUUCUCCUCCUCAGAUGAACAGGACUCGGUGAUUCAUGGUUUCAUCCCCGCUAACCGGGCCAGCCAGUUCCGGUCGUGUUUGAAAGCCGGUUCCAUUGUGAGAUUGGAUGGUUUUGAAGUUGCUCGAGUCGCUCACAUGUACAAGAUCACAGAACUUCAGUUCGUGAUCCGUUUCAUCCCUUCAACACGUAUUGUUGAAGUCUUGGCUGACGCUCUUGUGAUCAAGUCCGACAAGUUCCUGGUCCGGCGUAUUGAUCAUCUUCAAGUGCUUGCUAACUCUAACCUAGAGCUCCCAGAUGUUGUGGGUGAAAUACGUUCCGUUCAGGGGUACGAUCUCCAAAAUGACGCAGCUACGAGCAGAAUUGUGGUCUGCCUCCUUUUCGAACCAACUGUGACCGUAAACGUAUCUUUGUGGGAUGAGGCUGCAUCAGCCUUUAGGGGCCUCUUGAGAGCAGAAGACAAAUCCCAGUCCGUGAUGUUGGUGACCUCGGUAAAUCCUAAACUGUUUGGAGGCAACCUGUAUUUAAACUCCACACAAGGAACUAGGUUCUUCUUUGACACCACCCUCCCUGAAAUAGCAGAGUUUGUCAGCAGAGUUUGAGCUACAUCAGCUCAAGUGUAUUCCUGCGUUGACACCCUCGAAGGAAU